UUUUAUUUUGUUGGCUGAUGUGUUUAUUGUGUUGGCUUAUUUGUUCCUUUUAUUUGCUGAUUUCAUCAUUUUGUUGGCUGAUAUGUUCCUUCUAUUGGCUGAUAUGUUCCUUGUGUUGACAAAUAUGUUUUUAUUAAUGUUUGAUAUGUCCUUAAUGUUGACUGAUAUCAGACAUCAUCAAUUGGCUGAUAUGUUCAAUUUAAUGGCUGAUAAGCGUCAUUUGUUGGCUAAUAUGAUUGACAAAAUGCAAUAUAUUUUUAUUUCUUUCUCUCUCCUCUUUCCCUCUCUUCCUCUCUUUCUGUUUCAAAUGAGAAUGGGGUUUCUCAUUAACAAUAAACAUGAAAAACCAACAACAACAACACCACCGGCUGCUCCCCAAAUGCCCAACCACCAACAGCACCACCGCUGCUCCCCAACUGCCGCCCAACCAGCCACCAUCUACCAGCAAAAUCCACUAGUAGAGAACCGCCGCCACCAAUCAGUCCCAACCACCGUCCACAACAGCCACGACCUUCACCGUCAUAACACCAACCCACAAAUUCUCUCUCCUCCUUAACCCUUCGCCAUUUCUCUUCUCUCUCCUUCGACCCAACCUCCUCUUCCACCGCCGAAACCCGCAUACACAUCGGCUACGCACUCCUCUUCCUCGGCUGCGGCGUCAGAACUUGCUACUCCUUCCCUCUCCCUGCGACUUGCACCAGCGAAUCGCGGCCGAAGACUACUCUAUGUUGAUUGAAGAAGUGAAGAUUGAAGAACCCUAACAAUUCGAUAAGUUCUGGAUUCUUCAUGGCCUUUGUUCAAUUGAUUAAGAUUCGUGAAGUAUAGUCUGAUAAUCUUGAAUCUAAGUUUUUGUUGAUUCGAUCUUUGAUCGACGAUUACUCCUUCGUUGCAAUUGAUACGGAGUUUCCCAGUGUACUUUUGUGGCAAUUCGGCAGCGUCUCGCCGCACGAACUAUUGCGGCGCUGCCGCACCCAAUAGUUUGUGUAUUCUUAUAUUCGUUUGUGUAACCACAUUAUAUCUUCACUAUUAUUCUUUAUUAACUCAACCCAUUGCUAACCCAUCAACCCAUAUAAACCUUUUUUUUUUUUUUUUGACAAAACCCAUAUAUAACUUAUUAAUCCGACUCAACUAGACCAUUUGAUCAAACCACUAGCUAUUAAUCUUCACCGACCCACAUAAUAAACAAACCUAACUAUUAAUCUAUUUUUUUCCAAACUUGAAGAGGAAGAUCAUACAUUUAAAUUAUGUGGAGUAACAAGUAAAAACACCAAGAGAAACAACAUGUUCAUUUCCUUGGAAAACAAACACCAACAAAGCAACAAGUAUACUAUAGUAUAAAUAUUACAGUAACACCCAAAUGCCAAUUCACUCUAGCUGUACCUGUACACACUUAUUAUCCACAUAUAUAUUGCACGUCAACCUCGUCUAGUCUUCUCUAAUUAGCGACCGAUUAAUUUAAUCACAUUCGAUUAAGGCCUUAAUUUCUCAAGCUGGUAAUCUUCCUAAUUUCUAAUCCUUAAUUCAAUGACAUUAAUGAGGCGAAAUUCAGGCCUAAGGUCUGCUAUUCAACGGACAGAAUCCCUAGUCAGAUUACCGCUCCCCCGUGCACCGUUAUACGUACGCUUUCAUAUACCUCCACAUGACAAUCAGACUCCCUUUCCUUUCUAUUCCUUAUUUUUUUAUUGUUUGUUUUCUUCUAUUCCCCUUUUUUAUUAUUUGUUUUCUUCUAUUCCUUUUUUUAUUAUUAUAUUUCUUCUAUUCCUUUGACUAUUAUAUCCCCCAGCUUUCCUUUAUUUCUGUUCCCUUUUCCUUGGUUUUAGUUCCCAUUCUUCUUGAUUACAAUCUAAUUAAUCUUUCUUUCAAUUCCCUAUCUUUUACUUCAUCUCAUUCUUAUCAUUAUCACCUUCUCUCUAACCAAAGGUGAUUUUUUUUAGGUUGGUUGAGUAUAUUGAACUACAGACGAACAAAGUUAUUACAAUGAUGCCUGCAAAUGGUGGUAAUGGCCAAAUCUCCGUUCCUCCAGGGUUUCGCUUCCAUCCAACUGACGAAGAACUACUAUACUAUUAUUUGAAGAAAAAGGUUUCUUAUGAAGCUAUUGAUCUUGAUGUUAUUAGAGAAGUUGACCUUAACAGGCUUGAACCGUGGGAUCUCAAAGAUAGAUGCAGGAUAGGUUCAGGACCUCAAAAUGAAUGGUACUUCUUCAGCCACAAGGACAAGAAGUAUCCAACCGGCACACGAACAAACCGUGCCACGGCAGCCGGAUUUUGGAAAGCCACCGGGAGAGACAAGGCAAUCUACCUUGGCAACAAUGCAAAGCGAAUCGGCAUGAGGAAAACCUUAGUCUUCUACACCGGACGUGCUCCUCAUGGUCACAAGACGGAUUGGAUCAUGCAUGAAUACCGACUCAACGAUGAAGAUCCUCAACUUCAGCAAGAAGAUGGAUGGGUGGUGUGCCGAGUCUUCAAGAAGAAGAACCAUGGAAGAGGUUUACACUCUGAACUACAACACGAAGACGAUUACGAUAAUCCUAACCCUACAAAUAAUCACCCUUCCUCAAGCCACAUGAUAAAGCCAAGUACCAACCCUACUACUUCUACAACCCUGUUCCCACCAAGGCAACAUGGUUACAACGUCCAACCCUUGAUGUUUCCUAAUAACUACUAUAACCCUGAUUACACUUUCGAUGGCGCUAUGCACCUCCCACAAUUGGCUAGCUCCGACACAUUAUCAGCCACCGGUGGUAGCACUCUCUUUACUACCAUGGAUAAUAUACUGAGACUAAGUACCUCCGCCGGAGGACUAAUAAACACACAACAAUUAUUAGCUAAUGGCGGCGAGUGGGGGUUCUUGGAUAAGCUUCUUGCCAAUUACCAGAGCUUGGACCAGCAUCAACAACAACAACAACAACAACAACAACAAGAUCCAUCACAUAACAAGAUUGUAGCCGGCGCCAUAGCAAACCAUGAUAUCCUAGGAAUGAGCUCAACUAGUGCUCUUCAACAUCAACAACAUAAGUUUUGUUAAGGGUUUUUAAAGAUUGUGUAACCUUGAAACAAAUGGCAAGGGUUUAUAGACUUUAAUGCAAUCAGUCUGUAUUUAUUCAUUUGCUUCAUUCUACUAUAGUCUAAUAAACUUCUUUAGGAAUUCAUAGUUUUAUAGAUAUUGUAUGCUAUGCCUUUUUACUCUAUGGUUUUUGACAAUUGUUCCAUUUUUACUUUUAAGGCCAAACAGUACAUACUUUGACCAGAAAUUAUCACUAAAUUUUUCUUUCAUAAUUUUUUUUUAUAUAGUUGACAUGUUUUGACUUUUGACACUAACGCUUUGUUUGGAUAGCAAAUGA